AUGUGUCCUAAGACACCUGCCGAAAGGGAACGCAUGGAGAGGAUUCCAUAUGCAUCAGCAAUUGGAUCCAUUAUGUACGCCAUGCUAUGUACUAGACCAGACGUUUCUUAUGCUUUAAGCAUUACGAGCCGAUACCAGUCUGACCCUAGAGAGAGUCACUGGACGGCCGUAAAGAUAAUCCUUAAGUACUUGAGAAGGACUAAGGAGUUGUUUCUGGUUUAUGGUGGCAGUAAUGAGCUGAAAGUGAAGGGGUUCACUGAUGCUAUCUUCCAGAGUGAUAAAGACUACUGUAAAUCUCAGUUAGGCUUUAUCUACACCUUAAAUGGUGGAGCAGUUUCUUGGAAGAGUUCCAAGCAAGAGACCACGAUAGACUCUACUACUGAGGCAGAAUACAUAGCGGCUUUAGAAGCGGCUAAGGAAGCAGUCUGGAUCAAGAAGUUUGUUGCAGAACUUGGAGUGGUUCCGAGCAUUGUUGAUCCAAUACCUUUGUAUUGUGACAACACUAGUGCUAUAGCCCAGGGCAAGGAACCCCAGUCUCAUCAAAGGUCCAAGCAUGUGCUCCGCAAGUAUCACCUCAUCCGAGAGUUUAUUGAAAGAUUGGAGAUAAAGAUGGACUAUGUCCUCACUGAUAAUAAUUUAGCCGAUUCUCUGACGAAGGAUACAACAUUGGUUGGGCCAACUCAUGAUGCCAUCAGCCUUGGAAGGCCCAUUAGGAAGAAGGAAAGCCCAACAUGGAUGAAAGAUUACAAUUGUAGCUGA